AUGUACAACACGUACCAGAAUCAGGGUUUCCCUGUCCAGGGACAACCGACCGGGUAUUUUGGGUCACAAGGUCAAUCAGUUCAGCAGAAUCAAAAUCCGAGUGGUGAUUCGUAUGGUCAACCUACGCAGGAUUCUGCUUCUUACACGGGACAGCAGCCUCCUUUCACGUACAAUAAUUCUGGUGUAAACUAUGGUCAGAAUUCUCAGGCGAAUUUUAACCAGGGCUCUUUUCAGCAGCCGUCGUUCCCGUACGGAAACGGAUCACAGCCGUUUCAAAAUCAGCAACAGACAGGAUUUCAAGGCGGGAAUUUACUAAGUGACAAUCGGAUCCAGCAGACUGGCCAGAACCCUCAGAUGACGGGUUUACACAGCGGUAUUUCGGGUGGACAACAAGAAUUGCAGCCUCAGCAGACUGGGUUUUAUUACACGAAUUCGUCUCAAAAUUUGCAACCCCAGCAGACAGGAAUUGUUAACUCACAAGCCGCGCAUCAACAACAACAACAACCACAGCAAUCCUACUCUCAAAUCCAGCAACUUCCUUUGGCACAGCGACAACAACAACCAGGCGAAAGUUUCGCUGUUCAGCCAACAUUCAACGGUCAGCUUUCAUUCCAGUCUCUACAACCACAACAAACUGGCUUACCCGCUCAGUCGCAAGAAGCCUUGCAGCCGUUGAGACCUGCCGCCACUGGAUUUGUCAAUUCCUUCGUGAAGAACGGUAUCAAUGAGGAUGUGAAAAUCCCAAAUAUAAGACUUUCGUUCAUCACUGUCAAUGACCAGGCCAAGUUUGAGAAACUGUUCCGGGCCUCUGUACCUGCUGGGUCCAAUACGGUGUCUGGAUCUGAGUGUAGAGCUAUCCUCAUGAGAUCCGGCCUGUCCCCAUCUCAACUUUCUAAGAUCUGGACACUCUGUGACACCAGCAAAGCAGGAGAGCUUCUUUUCCCCGAGUUCGCACUUGCUAUGCACUUGGUUAAUAGCGUUUUGCAAGGAGAUAGCAUACCUUAUGAUUUGGACUACAAAACGAAAAAUGAAGUUUCAAGUUUUGUAGAUGCUAUCAAUCUGAGUAUCGCAAAUGGCGGCAGCUCCCAAGACCUAUCAAUGCCGAAGACACCUUUUGACAAUCUAACCGCAGGAAUGCCACCUCUGCAAUCUCAACCAACGGGAUUCAUGCCUCAAACAAGUUUUGGCAUGCCACUACAAAAUCAAAUUACUGGCGGUCGCCUUAACGUGCAGAGCACUGGCUACAUCCCGUCUACCUCGUUCAAUCAGCCUCUUGGCCUUCAGGCUACUGGAGGACAGCUUCAGCAGCAGCCAACUGGAGGCAUAGCGCAGUCUUUCAACGUUACAGGUCAGCCUCCGAAUUCCUUCAUGCCGCCACAGUCAACGGGAGGUGCUCUUCAAGCGCAGACCACUGGUGGAUUUUUGCAAGGUCAAAAUACUGGAAAUCUUUUACCUCAAGUUACUGGCAACAUGCCUACGACCUCAUUCAAUCAAAUGAUUCAGCCUCAAAUGACAGGUCCAAUACCAUCUCAAUUGACGGGCCCUAUGCAACCUCAGUUUACCGGGCCAAUGCAACCUCAGUUUACAGGUGGCUUUGGAAAUCAGGCAACGGGCUUGGUUUCGCAACCAACUGGAUCGAUGCCACCUACUUCAUUUGGUCAAUUGCCAGAUCUGCGGUCUCAACCUACAGGAUAUCUCCCACCGUCGAAUUUCAACCCUGUUGCGCCUUUGUCUGCUCAAAAGACGGGCUUUGGAAAUAAUGACUUGUAUGCGCAGUCAAUCUUGCCGAACCAAUUCACGGCGGACAACUCUGAUUCCAUUUCUACGGAGGAAAAAUCACUUUUUUAUAAGAUUUUUGAAACUUAUGAUACUGAGAAGAAGGGUAUUCUUGCCUCUCCAGUCGCCGUUGAGAUUUUCAGAAAGUCAGGUUUGAAUAGAGGAGAUCUCGAAAGAAUUUGGAAUCUAUGCGACACAAAUAAUACUGGACAAUUGAAUAAGCAAGAAUUUGCGUUGGGUAUGCAUCUUGUCUACAGGAGACUAAAGGGUUUUGAACUCCCCGCGAGAUUACCACCAAGUCUCAUUCCCUCAAGCACACUCAUUUUAGAUUCGGUUAAGAAUCAAUUGAAGACAGGAACGAAUGAACGCGUAAAGGCUCCUACUAAAUUUGAUGGUUUGAGAUUUAAAAAUGAUGACGAUGACUUGCUACCUAGCUCGAGAAAUCGUCGCAGAGCCCAAGGCAGCAAUCUUGAGGCAGAAGCUAAUAAAGACACUAUUGUUUCAUUAAAAGAGUCAAUUGACCAGAAAAAGUCACAGAUCAGACGCUCACGUGAAACAGAUUUGAGACUAGAAUCAAAACCUUCUUCCAAGCCUUCUUCUAUGCUAUCAGUGGAGGAGCUAAAGCAGAAGAUUUUGGCUCUACCAAAGCAGUCCGAAUUUUAUCUGUCAAACGUCCCAUCCGACUUGGCUAUCAAAUUCCAGUCGCUAACUCAAAGACUUCCAGCCUUGUUGAGUGAGAUUUCUGACGUUGACAAUCAAAUAACAAAUGCGAAAAUUGAGCUCUACAAGUUGAGAAACCCUUCUGCGAUCACUGGAAGCGGCCUUAAUGGUGAGAUUACCGAGCAGGAUAGAAGAAAAGCGAAGAGCAAAGCUUUGUUAGCAUCACGAAUGGCUGCCUUGACUGGGAAGCCUGCCGCUGCUGUUAGUGACAUCGAGCGUGAAGAGCAGACUUUCAAUGAGGAGGUAAAGAGAAUCAGAGAAGAAAACAACCAAAACCAGGUUAUCAUCAAGGAUAUUCAAUCAUCGAUUGGCGAUAUCGCUAGCUCGUUACACUCUGCGCUCACGGGAAAUGGUGACACUGAUAAUUCUUUCAGCAAGUGGGAACUUGGUGUCGGCGUUGAUCCCCAGGUGAGUUCGUUUAUUCGCCAACUCAACCAAGAUGUCCAGUUUGCUAGCGCUGGGCAGCAGAGCGGCCACUCACAAACAGGUCGUGAUGGAGUGUUUCAGUCUGACAACUUAAUAAAGUCAAACGAUAAAAGUCUAGGGGCGCUCCCACAGGAAAGCAGGGCUUCCACUUUGAAGGAUCAGGCAAGAAGAAAAAUGAACGAGAGGUUGGCCAAGCUAGGCGUCGGGACUGGUCACGCUCUCGAGACACAGAAUGUCCCAUCUUCAAAGUCACCUGCUAUAAAAAAUUCCGAGGUUAAUCUUCAAGGAAGUUCAUCUGUUGUGGACAACACUGAUGAGGACGAAGAGGUGAGAAAGCUGAUGGAACAGCUAGAAAAACUCAAGGCGAAGAAGACGGCCGAGCGAGAAAAGUUAUCACCCGUGCCAACGACUGCUUAUGAGACCACUCAGCAGCAGCAGCCUAAAAGCGUCCCAGUUCAACCCACACCAACGUUAAGCGAGGCUCCGCGUGAGAGAGAGACAACUAAAGAUCAAGAGAACGAUUCCUGGGAUGACGAGCCCAAUGAGCCACAGCUCAGCACUUUAUCACUGGAUUCGAGUAUCAAGAAAUCGGAAGAAGUGAGCGCUUCGCCAAGUGCGAGUGCGAGUAGCAGCGCGAAUGUAUCUCAUCAUGAAUACAAUCCGUUUAGCAGAGCACCCGAUGCGGGAGGUGCGUCUAUGAGUGCUUCACCGGCUCCCAGGAACACUGCCUCGGGUAGAAACCCUUUUUUUAAGCAAACUCCGUCUAGCACAUCCUCGUUUGACGCCAAGAAGGCAGAAGAGCAGAGAAGAGUUCAACGAGGUCUUGCAGACGAUGACGACUGGUCCGAUGACGAAGAAAAGCCUGCUGAACCUAUAAUCGUCCCAUCACAGCCAACUCCUGAGCCACCCGUACCAGCUGUACUAACUGCUCCUUCAUUGCCUACUAUGAAUUUGGAUCCCGUUAGCGGAGAAAGCGUCACCCGGCCUUCCGAGAUUCCUGAUAGCGUGGCUGUACCUCUUGCUCCUCCAUUACCUACUCUCGCGCCAGAUCCCGAUAGCAACAGCACGGUUCAUCCUAUUGCUCCUCCAUUGCCGCAGCUAACUUCCAACACACAAGACACAGCUCAUGCUGCAUCUGAGACUGCAUCUGCCCAUGCGAUACUUCCACCACUACCAAAGCUUGAAAUCAACGAUCCAAUUCCCGCUGUCCCGCUUGCACCUCCUCUUCCUCAAAUCAACAGCGACUUAGGAUAUUUGAAUGUCAAAAAUACCGUGACAACCACAGCAGAUGACGACCAAUCUGACGUUCUUUCCAUUCCGGAAUCUGUAGAUUCUGAAGAAGAUUCAAACCCUCAACCUCCAGCUGCAAGUACAACGUUACCACCUUCCGGAAUCCCACCUCCACCACCUCUCCCAUAG